GGCCCGGCGUACAAGACGAAGCUGUGCGCGCUCUUCAGGAACGGUCACUGCGACCGCGAGUCCUGUAGCUUCGCCCACGGCCCCGAUGAGCUCCGCCGGCCGCCUUCAUCCCGCCCCUCCUUCCCGCCACACCACGCCGAUUCCUGAUCAAACUUGUUAGACUCAACUGCUGCCAGAGGAUAAUGCGACCUUUUUCAUAGAUUUCUUCGACUGGCAUUUGGCCCAUUUGUCAUGACUAUAAAUACUUGGGCUGUAUCAGAAGGUGAACCUUUGAGUGUCAUGGCCUCCACCGGUUGAUGCCCAUAAUAUGUUUGAUGUGCUAUCAUAUGGCAGAGUCCACUGAAUGACUAGCAGAUUUUGCAGUGGAUUGAAUUACACAUCUUUCGACACUAGUUUCAUUGGAAGUAUUCUUAUUACUGGCAAUUUCAAGUUUUUGCCAGUCCUCACAAGUUGUCGCCAAAGAUAUCUGGAUAAAUGGUAGUACAUAUAUUGGGAUUAUGGCAGACCUUUCUUCAUCAUAAUUGCUGCACGGACUGUUUAUGGAGCUUACGUCCAUUUCACUUCAGAUGAUCAUUGGUAUUAUCUUAAUGGAUGCAUCAGUGGUUGCUUAUUGUAUCUUGGUAUCUGCAUGUGUAUUUUUUUGGCCCUGCUUUUUUGUGUGUGGCUAAUGACAUAUCCUGGAGCCGCUGCUACUUCUUGCUAAUUGAUUAAUCUUGUAGCUCAAGGUUGUGGUAAGCUUAACAGGCUUAUGGGUGUCCUUUCUCUGCAUCACUCCUUUUUUGUUUUUGUUGCCAUGCGUUAUUCCUUGUGUAAAGCUUGUAAACUUUCCUUACUUCUAGGAAGAAGAGAUUAUAGAGGUGGUGACUUCAGAGGAAGGAUUGAGAGGAGGUUCUCACCUCGUAGGAGGCAUUCCCCUGGAAGAGAUUUCAGGGGUCAUCGUUCCCUUCAUAAUCGAAGACCAACUUCUCGAGAAAGAGAAUCUAGCUUUUCACGGUCUCCCAGCAGGAAGAGUGAGAGGAGACAUGACAAGAAGACUGAUGAUGGAGAAACCAACUCGCCGAAGAGUUUGAGUGUCUCUGACAAUAGUGAUAUGAAGAAGGACAAAUUCUCAAGUGGCGACGAGAAAGAGGAUCACGAAAAGAAGCUCAAACAAAUAAGAUUGGAUAUGGAAGCUUUGCGUGAAGAUAAAUCUCACCUUGAGAUUGUUUUGGAUGAGAAGAUUGAUGAAAUGCGGAAGAUUUCUAGCAAAGUAAAUGACCUUGAUCAGCAACUGCAGAGGGAGAAAAAUGAAUGCCAUAGGAUGACCUCGAAAAUGAAGAAGUUUAUAAAAGCUCAUGGCCGUUUUUUGAAAGCCCAGGAAGAGUUGAAAAGGUCACAAGCUCGCUUUGAGAGACUUGGUGAUUUGCUUGCUUCGGAUAUUUUGAAGCGCGGUGCUAACGAAGAAGUUUCCAGUGUUCAUGCUGAUGAAGAUCUAAAUGGUUCUUAUGAAAGGAGUCCAAAUACGGCUGUUACUAAAAAGAGAUCAAUUCCAUACUCAACUAGUGAUGAAGCAAAAGCUGCGAAGAAAAGAAGAGAUCGAGAUUCUGAUACAAUCACUAGGUCAGAUAAAUAUAGGUCAGAAGGUGAUGCUACAGAUUUUGAUAAAGCAAGCAAGGGGAGUGAGGCAACAAAGUCUAUAUAUUUAAAGAAGAGACUCUGGGAAGAUGAAAAAAACAAGCUUGGAAAUGUAGUUUCUUCCGCAGAUAAGGUCAAAGAUUCUCCAGUCAAACAUGCUUUGCCCUCCACCGGUAUGGCUGCUCAUGCCUUGUAUGAUCUUAAUGAGGCUAUUGAGCUGGAUGAUAGACAUGAAACGAUAGAUGCGUUGCUAGAAAACGAUGCUGAUGACAGAACUAGAUCGCCUGUCAUGCCCCCACAACCUCCACCAGUGGUCCAAAAUGCUUAUGAGCAGUAUGAGGACCUGGACGAGGAAGUGGACGUGGAAUAAGAGGAGUCGGGUGGUCAACCAACCAGCUGCAGCCCGUGAGACUGGAGACUACUAUUAAUUAGCAUUUCCAUGUACAAAGUGGUUAUCUAUAUUUGAUAUGUAUAUGGGGAAUUUAGCUUAUUAUCCAGAAUUAAUCCUUCUUUUGUAGUGGCAUAUCGAGCCCUGGAUACGGUCAACUAUGUGGAGCCUUAACUUAUUUCGUGAAAUGGUAACCAUGCCUCUUUUUCAGUGACACAGUAAUGCGCACUUGCGCUUUGCUGUUGGUGAUUCCUCCUUGCAAACGGUCAACUAUGUGGAGCCUUAACUUA